GUAAAGGAAGGCAGAACAAGAUUUGACUCGUUCUUUAUUUUGCAAUACACAGGAAGAAGGAAGUGAGGUCUGAGGUGGUGGUCUGGAGUCGAGACACACUUAACGCAUUAAAAGUGUACUGAAAUAAAUAUAGGCAACACAACACAACACAUGAAUACAGCCAACCUGUUGAUGAAAAAGACAGAAAGGGAGUGACUGAGGAGUGAGAAUGGCAAAGAAUAAAGGUGAAGCACGGAAGUUUGACCCUACCUUCAAAGGACCCAUCCACAACAGGGGCUGCACAGAUGUGUUCUGCUGUAUUCUCUUCAUCUUGGCCAUACUGGGAUACUUUGCUGUGGGGAUCCUGGCCUGGUCUCAGGGGGACCCCAGGAAGGUUAUCUACCCGACUGACAGCAGAGGACAGUUCUGUGGCCAGGCCGGGACCCCCCUGGAGAAGAAACCUCUCCUGUUCUACUUCAACAUCCUGAAGUGUGCCAGUCCCCUGACCCUGCUGGAGUUCCAGUGCCCCACCACUCAGUUAUGUGUGGAAAGUUGUCCUACCAAACACACGACAUUGCUGAAAGCCUACCUGAACAAAGGAGAGCAGGAGUACUACAAGCAGUUCUGCAAGGAAGGAGUGGACUUCUCCAAAAUGAGUGCUCCCGAGAUCCUGAGGGAUGGCCUGUGUCCUUCCAUGCUCAUGUCCAGCAAACCAUUCACUCGUCGGUGCCUUCCAGCUCUCAGUACCAUGAAAGGUGGUGUGGUUGUCGUUGGCAACGAGACUAUUUUUGACAACGGGGAGGGAGAGAAGGUGAACGCCACUGAUUUUCUGGACGCUUCAAAGAAGUCCAAUGUGGUUGUUGAGGCUCGCCAGGUAGCCAUGAGGAUCUUUGAGGACUACACUGUGUCCUGGUACUGGAUACUGAUUGGUCUGGUGAUAGCCAUGGUGGUCAGUCUCAUCUUCAUCGUCCUCCUGCGCUACCUGGCCGGGAUCAUGAUCUGGGUCAUGAUCGUCAUGGUGAUACUGGUCAUCGGAUAUGGGAUCUUCCAUUGUGCCAUGGAGUACCGCAGCCUGAAGGGAGAGCCGGGUUCUGACGUCACUAUCCGUGAUCUGGGACUGCAGACAGACUUCUCUGUUUACCUGCAGAUCAGACAGACCUGGCUGGCUUUCAUGAUCAUCCUGUCCAUCGUGGAGGUGGUUGUCAUCCUGCUGCUCAUCUUCCUCAGGAAGAGAGUCCUCAUCGCCAUCGCCCUCAUCAAGGAGGCCAGCAGGGCUGUUGGCCAUGUGAUGUCAUCACUGUUCUACCCUCUGUUGACCUUUGCCCUGCUGGCCCUGGUCAUAGCCUACUGGGCCAUCACUGCUGUCUUCCUGUCCACCUCCAAUGAGCAGGUGUACAAAGUGUUCAACACCACUGAGUGUAAUUACUCCAGAGACACCUGCAAUCCCGAGACAUUCAACACCACCAACAUCACAGCCCGGUGCCCGGACGCCGAGUGCCUGUUUGCCUUCUAUGGAGGCGAGACCUACUACCAUAAAUACCUCAUCCUGUUCCAGUUCUACAACGUGUUCCUCUUCUUCUGGUGUGCUAACUUUGUGACAGCGCUGGGUCAGGUGACCCUGGCUGGGGCCUUUGCAUCCUACUACUGGGCCUUCAAGAAGCCCGACGACAUCCCAGCCAACCCCAUCUGCUCCUCACUUGGUCGAGCCCUCAGAUACCAUACAGGCUCCCUUGCCUUCGGUUCCCUCAUCCUGUCUCUGGUUCAGGUCAUCAGGGUUCUGCUGGAGUACCUGGACCAGAAGCUGAAAGCUGCCCAGAAUCGCUUUGCCAAGUUCCUGCUCAGCUGCCUGAAGUGCUGCUUCUGGUGCCUGGAGAAAUUCAUCAAGUUCCUCAACAGAAACGCCUACAUCAUGGUGGCAAUAUAUGGUAAAAGCUUCUGCACCUCAGCCAGAGAUGCCUUCUUCCUCCUCAUGAGAAAUAUAAUCAGGGUGGCUGUCUUGGACAAGGUGACUGACUUCCUAUUGUUUUUGGGGAAGCUCCUCAUCGUUGGAAUUGUGGGAAUCUGUUCUUUCUUCUUCUUCUCUGGGAGGAUUAAGGCUGUGGAGCAGACUGCCCCCUCUCUCAACUACUACUGGGUUCCCAUUCUGACGGUGGUGGUGGGAUCCUACCUGAUUGCCCAUGGAUUCUUCAGUGUGUACGCUAUGUGUGUGGACACACUCUUCCUCUGCUUCUUGGAAGACCUGGAACGCAAUGACGGAACUGCAGAGAGACCCUACUUCAUGUCUCAGAACCUUCUCACCAUUCUGAAGAAGUCCAACGAGGAUCAGGCCAAGACUGUAGACUAGCUGUUGGUGUGUGCGUGCGUACGUGUGAGGAGAACAGAGAAAGAUGCGGUCAA